UUUGAGGUGAAAACAAAUGACACCUCUCUCAAUUUUCCCACCAGAUAGGGCGUUUGUUCCUCUUACUGCCCAAUUCACUCGCGCCAUCAACAAAGAGCUACAAAUUCUGUGGAUAAAUUUUCAUCCAUGGCAAUGGCGGUUUCCUUUUCACCUCUACAUUUGAAGCCCUCAUUCCACUCUUCUUCUCAUUCUCAGUUUUCCUGCUCCCUCCGCCCUGCCGUCAUCCUUCCGGGUUUGGGGAACAACUCGGGUGAUUAUGAUAAAUUGAGGCUUCUUUUGAAAGAGCGGCAUGGUGUUCACUCUGUGGUUGUUAAAGUGUCUAGAAUUGACUGGCUGAGAAAUGCUGCUGGAUUGCUUGAUCCUAAUUACUGGCGCGGUACUCUCCGUCCUCGCCCUGUCCUAGAUUGGUAUCUAAAGAAAACAGAUGAGGCAAUCCAAGAAGCCAAGGAGUUAGCUCAAGGUGGGACUUUAUCCUUGAUCGGGCACUCAGCAGGCGGAUGGCUUGCACGAGUUUACAUGGAAGAAUUUGGUAUAUCUCAAAUUUCCAUGUUGCUGACUCUUGGAACUCCUCACCUGCCGCCUCCAAAAGGUGUGCCUGGAGUGAUUGACCAGACGAGGGGGCUUCUGAAUUAUGUGGACAAAAAUUGCUCGAAAGCUGGGUACAAUCCUGAAUUGAAAUUUGUAUGUAUAGCUGGAAGGUACAUCCAAGGUUCUCGCUUGUUUGGUAACUCAGAUGCAAACACCAUUCUUGCAGCUGCUUCUAUCUCCAGCAACCAACCGACUCCAGAGCUAGCUAUCACAAACAACACUAGCAACUCAACUGACUCAACGACGACAUCACUACGCGCUCGCUUUGUCGGGCAAGGAUACAAGCAGGUGUGUGGGGAGAGUGAGGUAUGGGGAGAUGGGGUUGUUCCAGAAGUGUCAGCUCAUUUGGAGGGAGCACUCAACAUUAGUUUUGAUGGAGUCUAUCAUUCUCCUGUUGGAUCUGAUGAUGAAUUGAGACCCUGGUAUGGUUCCCCUGCUAUUCUUGAUCAAUGGGUUCAUCAUCUUCUCCAUUAAAUCUUGUUACCCCUCCUAGUCACUCUGAAAUUAAUAAUAUUCAAUUUUUUUUAUUCCAUUCAUCCUUGCUACACGGCUACCAACAUUAGUGUAAUUCAACUUGCUUGAAAUUAUGACAUCAAGCCUCAAAAUCUUACUCACCUAUAUACGGUUAGUAACAAUUGUUUUCUUUUGGUAUACCUUUGUUUAUGAUGAUCUAAGGCUAGUCCUAAAAGUUGGGAAUUCUUGAAUUACGAUUUCAAAAACAAAUUUGAAAAAUGUAAACUUGCCUCUAGGAUUGGUUCACUUAAAUCAUUAUUAUUAUUUCUAGUGUUGUUAUGUAA